UCAAUUGUUUCAGCAGACAUGGAUUUGAAUCAGCUGGAGGCUUUUCUCACUGCCCAAACAAAAAAACAAGGUGGCAUCACGUCAGAUCAAGCUGCAGUCAUUGCAAAAUUUUGGAAGAACCACCGUGUAAAGAUCCAUGAGAGCCUGAUCAAUCAAAGCUGUUGGGAUAAUGUCUUGAAAAGCAUGAACUGGCGAGUGGAUCUGAAGUCACAGUCAAGACAUGUUGAUCAGAUAAACGCUCCUGUUGCAAUAGUUAAAAUGGAACUGGGGAAAAAUGGUCAG